AGUCUCUAGUCAUCAAUUCCCUCACGUUCGAAGAACCGUGACUUGAUUUCGAGAUAACAAGACCGUAUUCCCUUCUGGUCAAUCCUGUCCUCCGUCAGGAUGAAGACGGAGGUACUUUGCUUGCUAAUCUGUCUCGGCGUUGUCACCGCUUUAACGAGAAAACAAGAGGCAGCCGAGCAGAAUCGUCGGAAGGCAGCUGUGCCAAGUUUGCAAAAAAAGCAACAAACCGCAGCGGAGGAGCAAGAAGAGUACGAGGACGAAGACGAACUUUCGGAUCAAUGUCCUGAGCCGAAUGGUUACUUUCCUGACGCAGAACAGUGCGACAAAUACUACGACUGUCGGGAUGGUAAAUUCACGGAGAAACUAUGCCCAGAUGGUUUGGUAUUCAACGACUUCAGCCCGCAACACGAAAAAUGCGAUCUACCCUUCGGAAUUGAUUGCACCAAGAGGCCGAAGUUACAAAAACCGCAGCCAUCACCGCAUUGCCCAAGAAUGCACGGUUACUUCGCCCACGAAGAUCCUCGAAAUUGCAACACGUUCUACUAUUGCGUCGAGGGAAAGUUCAACAUGAUCACUUGUCCAGAUGGUUUGGUCUUCUCCGAGAAGACGGGGAUUUGUAACUGGCCCGAUGAGGCCCAGAAGAAGGGUUGUGGAUCUAGAGAGCUUUUCAACUUCACCUGUCCAAAAGUCGACGAUUCUGUCGCUGCGACGCAUCCUCGAUACCCUGAUACAGAAGACUGUCAGUAUUUCUAUGUUUGCGUGAAUGGUGAGGUACCUAGGAGAAGCGGGUGCAAGCUGGGUCAAGCUUUUGAUGAACGCACUGGAAAAUGUGAUUGGGCUAGGAAGAUACCUGAGUGCAAAGACUGGUACAAAGGUCAACUGACUGACGAAGAGUUGGACGCCUUGGAACAUCCACCGCCAAAGCCAAAACCCACUGGUGGUCCCAGCAGAAGAAAAGGCGGCAAACCAACGUAGAUUUAAGACUAAACUCAUGUGUAUAUUUUAAUACUCAUUGACAUAUUAAAUACCACCUGGUGAAUAAAACAUUUUUAAUACAA